UCAGAAUAAUCAAAUAAAUUAUCAAAAAUAUCUAAAACAAAUACAAAAAUCCUGUCGACAUGAACCAAUCACAUGGUUAUAACAAAGAGUUCGAAGUUCGUUGGUUUUCAGAGCAAUCAGAUGAUGAAUGUUUACCAUCGUAUCAUGAACCCAUUGACGCCAGACUGUCACGGGGGGCCUUCAACCAAGUUACCGGAAACCGUUCUAAAGAUCAUCCCUGUACCUCAAACAUCUUUAGUGACAACGGUGCUAAAUCUCAUGCUCAAAAUAAAAGUAAGGGUAACGAAGAGCUUAGGAACACGUUCUGGAUAUCCGUAAGCGAUUAUGAGUUGGACAGGGCUUACAUAGUAUAUCGCUUCUUUCACGAUAUUGGUAACAUUGUGGCCAAGAGCUUUACCAAAACGAACCGGAUGUAUCUAAAGUACUUCAGCAUGGUGGACUCCCAAAUAGCGCUGAGCUAUGAUGGCCAAAAGAUUGGAUAUGGAGGCGAUAUUCGCGUAAAGGUCCGGGCAGAGAAUCCCGUGACCGAAAGUGCCCUAAUCGAAGCUCUGGAACAUUCUUCGGAGGACAAUGGAAAACCCCCAGAUAGUGAGACCACAAGUACAAUGACUGUAACAAUUGAUGUGAAGGAUGUGAAUGAGGUAACUCCUCAUCAACUGGAGUCUGGACAGUCUGAGAAAGAGGAGUACCAAAUCAUCCACAAAAAAGUCUGCUUGCUGCAAUGGUUUAAGGAAAAGCUAUCCUACCUGUUCUAUUUUUAUUAA